AGCAGCGGCUUGGCUUGGAUUCAGUACCUCCCCUAUGUGCUGCCUUACUCCAUCAUCACAUCCCUGAACGUGAGCGGUGUAGCUGAGGAGCACUUCUUUAAAACCCGACACUUCGCUGGAGUUGCUUCCCUGCGCGUCUGAGAGUCGGAGGGAGGGGAGAAGCAUUCCCCAAAAUCUCUUCUAACGAUGGAGACCCAUCUGGUUGUAUUCCCUGGCGCUCACUUUACUCUUUCUACCUGGCUAAUUCUUUCCUCCUGGUAUGUUUUUCCAAAUGUAAAGGCAGAUAUAAGUUGCGCGCCAUGCAUGUCGCCAAUGCAAGUGAAUUACGCAGGGGAUGAGCAUCUACGUGACCCGCCUGAUUCUGGGAAAUAUCCGAGACAGGAUCAAAAGAAACCCAAGCUGAUCACAGUUCUUUACCCGAAUAUUGGAGUACCCACUGGACGAGAGGUGGAUGGUUUUCCAGGGAUCGCGCCGAAACUGGAAAGAAACGCAGAGGAGAUAAACUCCCGCGCGCCUUUGGGGAACUUCACCGAGUCCGAUUUAGACGAAGAAUUGUUUUCGGAUGAAUAUGUGAAAAGUGAAUCCGAAUUGGAACCCGAGGACGCCGCAUUAGGGAGAGUCCAAAGAAGCGUGCCCGAGUUUCUGGAGAGCGCUGAUACCCGCUCGGAGGAGCAGAGAAAGACCUCGGGUCUGCGGGUCGACGGACAGAGUAAACGCGCCGAAGUUCGCUGGAACAGGGAUGAUGAGCACGAUUCCAGACCAGACGAACCCAAACUGACCAGCAGCACUUUUGCUCUGGCUGGAGACUCCGCGCACAACCACGCAGUGGUGUACUGGACUGGAAAAAACAGCAGUUUGGAAUACUUCACCCUUGACCUAUGGAGCAUGACAGGGGAGAUAGUCUUCAUUCCUCUUUUCUGGCUGUCCAGGUCACAUUUCAUCCCAAAUUCAAAAACUUAAAGAAGGAAGACAAGAAAAUAAAGCCUAUUAGGAACACGUUCCCCCAAGUUCUCAUUGUUGUAAUGCAUAGAGACAUUUUAACAGUAAA